ACACAUUUACGGCAUUUAUAUUUACAAAAGUAGGUAGGAAGGAAGAUUUUUAUUUUUUAUACGUUGCGAAGAAUUCGAUAUUUUUUUGUCGAUUCAUCGGCUGACUGGUUGUCAUCAUUUCAAUACGGUCUGUUACACCAUAGAAAUUACAGUAAUAAUUGUACUCGUCGGUGUGUACAGACCACUUCGAGUCUACGACAGCCCGUCGGACGACCAUUUUCUAUAAUCUUUUCAAGUGUUAUUAAAUAAUAAUAAUUGCGAUUUUAAUAACUUCAACAUUCAGCAGUCUUACAGUCGUCGUCUCAGUCGUCGUUUGUCAUCUAAGCACUCGUUGUUAACGUCCUAGUAGUCCCAAAGCAAAUUUAAUAAGGAUAUUUUCAAGAUGGCACCCAAAUCGUUAUUGGUUCAAAAUCGAAACAAGCCUUCUAAGAAUAACAUCUUUAUUAAGAAACUUAAUCAUGCUUUGGUAAUCAAUAAUAAUUUACGUAAGCGUAUUGAUGAGUUAUCGGACCAAAAUAAACAAUUAUCAACCACUAGGAAUAACUUAUCAUUGGAGAAAUUGUCAUUGCAAACUGAAAUUAACUCUAUUAGAAAUUCUAAUGUUCAACUGACGGCAAUGCAUAAUAUAAUGAAUAAAAAAAUUAGUGCAUUAGAACAAACUAUUCAAAGCUGUAUACCUGCAUUGGUAACUAUGUCGCAAUGUAUCCCAUCUAUGUUAGACAGUGUACACGAAAUGAGUAAGUUUGAGAUCAAAGACUUUAACAAGGAAAAGAAAGAAAAACAGACAAAAACUGUUAGACCUAUGAUUAACGGUCACACCAUCAUUCAACCAGCUAUUAGAAUAAGGAGAUGUGAUAUUAUGAUGUCGCCCAUCAUUGAAAGUCCUAUUACUGAACAACCCCGGCAUAGUACUGAACAACCGCGACAUAGUAUUGAACAGCCGCGACAUAGUACUGAACAACCGCGGCAUAGUACUGAACAACCCCGGCGUAGUACUGAGCAACCGCGACAUAGUACUGAACAACCGCGGCAUAGUACUGAACAACCGCGGCAUAGUACUGAACAACCACGGCGCAGUACUGAACAACCGCGGCGCAGUACUGAACAAACUCCAAAAAGACCAAGAAAACUAAGUUAUAGAAGCUCACCACAAUGCAAACUUAAUAUGGAACCAUAUGUAAGAUUAAAAGAUGUUGCAGCCAUGUUAAAAAACUCCAAAGCUGUGCCUAAUGAAGAAGGACCUCAACGUCGACUAAACGAAAAUUUAGGUGAAGGUCCUAGUUGGUUGCAUACUCCAGAAAAUCAAACACAAAAUUCUAACAACACUACUAAUGCAAUACAGAAUGUUCAAAGUUCUUCUAGAUCAACGACAGUCAAUGAAGUUCAGGCUGAUGUUUCAACAAUUGCUUCUACUUCAAGUGGUAUUACAGAUAAUACAUUUGAUGGAACUGAAGAACGCCGCAGUAAUUUAUCUUCUAUUGAUUCAAGUAUGAUGAGAAACGUAACAUGUCGAAAACGUACAAAACGAUCAAGUGAAUCAAGCAGUGCAUCAGAUAUUGAUGAUUCAACUUCUUCAUCAAGACCUAGUAGAUCUGCAACAAAAAAUAUCAACUAUAAAGAAAAGGGCCUGGGCGGUAAACUCAGAAGAUAAUUAUUUUAAGUAUCAUAAAACUUAUAAAGAAAUGUUUAUGAUAUUUAAUUAUGUGUAUUAUAUGUAAUUUUUUGUUAUAACAACAGAAUUUUCAAACUAAUUAUGAUAUGGUAUAUGUUUAAAUGUUAGCUUUAUAAUACAUAUAUUUUAUUUUACUAAAAUAAGUUAAUAUAAUAUAAAUCAGUUUUACAAAUAUUAAAUUAAUUCUGGUAGUUCAGAACAUAAUUAUGUGUUUAAAGUAUCAUAAAACCGAUUAAGCAAUUGUGUGUAUUAAACUUUUAACCCACUAUUAUGUGUAAUUUUUCAUAUUAAGUAAAAUUAGUAAACAAUGGUUUUUUUUUUUUUGGAUUUAUUAUGAUUUACCUAUAUUUUAUUAGUAAAUAUAAUAUAAAUCAGGAUUAGAAAUAUUAAGUGAAUUCUAACAGUUUGCAAUUAAAAAUAUCAACUAUAGGGAAAAAGGCUUUGAUGGUAAAUUCAGAAAAUAAUAAUGUAUUCAAGGUAUCAUAAGACCUAUUAAGAAAUUGUAAAUGGAAUUUAAUUGUAUGUAUUACACUAUUAUAUUAUUUAACUUUUCAUAAUUUGUAAACAAAAGUUUUAUUUUUACUUAUGAUUUAUUGUCUGUUUUGAAUAUAAACUAUAUACCAUUAAGUAUAUUUUAUUUUAUUAAAAUAAGUUAAUAUAAUUCAAAACAGUUUUACAAAUAUUUAGUGAAUUCUAAUAGUUCUACUUUGUUGGAAUUUCAGUUUGUAGAUAAUAAAGUAAAGCAUUUAAGUUAAUAUAUUAUGCAUUUAUGCAACAAGGGUUAGAAUUAAGUAAAGUGUAACAUUCAACAAAACUGUUGAUCAUGCUUUUGAGUACUAUUUAUUUCAGAUAAAUUACUUAAUCAAAUAAAUAUUAAGUUUUUAAUAAUUGUUAUAAUUAAUAUAAAAUUACAAACACAUUACUAUGAUUAUUAAAUAUUCGUUAAAUAGAGUUAAAAUAGUUUAGCUAGUACCUAUACGACAUAUGUAUCACAAUAUUAUGUUUAAUUUUUUUGUAGUUCUUAUUGUAUUUUUUUUACUCUUCCGUGUCAACAUUUUUAUUUUACUUAUUUUUUUGAAAAUGUAUGGGUGGGCCUGCUGGUUCAAUACAGAUAUAAAACCUAAUUUAUUUAACAUAAUGUGGUUUGGUUCUAAGAGGGCCUAUCUCACUUUUUGACCAAUUUGAGUUUAGGGCAUUAAAAUAGAGUUACUAUAUUAUAAGUGAUAACUGAGAUACAAUGCCUAAUGUUAAAAACUAUAUCAACAAGUUAUAGAACUAAAAUGGCCAAUCUGAUAAUUAAAAUGUAUUAUUCCUGAAAGUUGUAAAAAAAGAGAUUGGCACUUUUAGACCCAAGCCAUAAAUGCUAUCAAGUCCAGCUUUGAAUUAAAAAAGUAUUUGAGACAAAUAUUAUGUUAAAAUUAUAAACUUACAUUUCUUAAUUGUAAAUAAUAGUAAAGCUUUGUUUGAGGGUAUAGAUAAUUACCCAAAUUAAAAUUAUUUAGAAAAUAGUUUAAAAUAUUUGUGAAUAUUGUAGUACCUACUAUAUGGAAUUAUAGAAUUGCUAGAUUUUA